AUGGCCCUCGCACCCAAAUUCGCCGGCCAGAAGCUCGCCUCCAAUGCUAUCCAGCCCAAAGCCGUCCACACCCUCGAGCUCUACCUCGAUUACGUUUGCCCCUUCUCCGCCAAAAUGUUCAAAACAAUCUACGGCUCCGCUCUACGCAAAACACUUCUCGACAAGUACUCCGACCGCGUCGUAACAAUCUUCCGCCAACAAAUCCAACCCUGGCACCCAUCCUCCACACUCGUCCACGAAGCGGGCUACGCUGUCCAAAAAAUCGACAGCACCAAAUUCUGGGACUUCUCAGAGAAGCUAUUCGACCAGCAAAAAGACUUUUUCGAUGUCAGUCUAGUGAAUGAAACGAGGAAUGCUACAUAUAAGAGGCUGGCUAAGAUUGCUGGAUCUGUGGGUGUGGAUGAGGGGAAAGUAUACGGGUUGUUGGAGAUAAGUGAUAAGCCUGGUGAGGACGGGAGUUUGAAUUCAGGCAAUGGGGUUACCGAUGAUGUCAAGGUGCAGGUCAAGGCGAAUCGAUUGACGGGUGUGCAUGUAACGCCUACGGUUGUAUUCGACGGUGUUGUGAAUAACGAGAUUAGUAGUUCGUGGACGGUGGAGCAGUGGGAGGAGUGGCUGGAGAAGAGUGUCAAGUGA